CAAAUCCCGAACCGGUGGCAGUCGUAAUCAGGCACUCRUGGAUGAAGCAGUCGCUGAUGUGCGUGCCCGCGCCAAUGGACRUACUAACUUACAUGAAUAGUGAUAAUAACUGUAGGUAUACUACAUAAGUAUACCAUAAACAGUAUUGAGUGAUAUCGGGCAAAGAACAUCGUCCACAGUCGAAAUUUUAAAAUACAUUUUCUAUUUUUGUAAUUCAACAAUAAUAUAUAAUGACCACCAAUAUGAACCGCUGGAAAGGAAAAGUGGCGUUCGUGACUGGCGCCAACGGAGGUAUAGGCAUGGCGAUCACUAAGAGACUUCUAGACUUGGAUCUUGCAGUCGUGGCCAUCGACAAGCAGACCGAACUUUUGUUGGAACUGAAAGAUGAAUUAAAAACAACAAACCUCUACCCGUUAAACGUGGACUUGUGUCACGAGGAAGAAAUCAUACGAGCGUUCCAAUGGGUCGAAGAAACGUUCGGUGGCCUCGACGUACUCAUUAACAACGCUGGCGUCGGCGGACGGUCUACACUCAUAG